AUGAUUACUCCUGGUUUUGUAGAUCCUCACACCCAUAUAUUCCCACCCAAGGAUAGAUCGAAUGAAUUUACAAUGAGAGUGAAUAAGACUUACUAAGAGAUAGCAGCAGCCGGAGGAGGAAUCUUAUCAUCAGUUAGAGCUUGCCGAGAAGCUACUCUUGAAUAGAUUUAUGAAAGAAAUAAGCAGUCAGUAUAGAGAUUUAUAUUGAAUGGCACAACUACUGUUGAAAUUAAGAGUGGUUAUGGUCUAGACACUGAAAAUGAAAUCAAACUGCUUUAAGUUAUUCAAAGACUAAAAGAGGAGUAUAAAGAUUAUAUUGAUAUAGUCCCAACCUUCUUAGGAGCUCAUGCCUUCCCUCCUGAAUAUAAGGAGAAAAGGGAUGACUAUGUAGAACUUAUAUGCAAAGAAAUGAUACCUGAAGUGGCAAAGUUGAACAUUGCUGAGUAUUGCGAUGUGUUUUGUGAAAAUGGCUAUUUCUCUGCUGAAUAAGCUGAGAGAUUAUUACUAGUUGCUAGAGAUCAUGGGAUGAAUCUAAGACUUCAUGCUGAUGAAUUCGAAGAUUCGAGAGCAGCUGAAUUAGCAGGUAAACUGAAAGCUCACUCAGCAGAUCACUUAAUGGCGAUAUCAGAUGCUGGUAUAAUGGCAUUAGCCUAAAAUGGAGUGGUUGCUACCAUGCUACCAGGCACUACAAUAUAUUUGGGUAAAAACUCGUUUGCCCCUGCAAGAAAACUAAUAAAUGCAGGAUGCAGAGUUGCUUUGGCCUCAGAUCAUAAUCCUGGCUCGUCUGUCUUCAACUGUCAACCGAUGAUGAUGAAUUUCGCUAUGACUUAUGGAAAAAUGCUAGUAGAAGAAGCUUUCUAAGGAAUUACUAGAAAUUCUGCUAUUGCCCUAGGUAGACACAAUGUAGGAAUCAUUGAUGAAGGAGCGGAAGCCGAUUUAUUAGUGUGGAAUGGAAUUGAUAGCUUAGCAUAGAUUCCCUACUACCACUACGAGUGUUCUUAAUUCAUCUCACAUACUAUUAAGAGGGGAAGCAUGUAUCAGAAGUUGGCAGAGGAAAUAACUCAAAGAGUUAAAUUCGAUUCUUAAAACAGAAUAGCCAAUAUUCCAGAGCGACCACCUCUCGAGCCUCAAUUCGAUCAUGCUCCUAAAAGACAGCACACCUUGACUGAAAAUUAAAAGGAAUUGGCAAUCAAGAAUCAUCUCAAAUAUUUCACUAAAGAUCUCCACCCCCAGUUAAGUGAGAUUUUCAAAAAUGAACUUGAAGACUAUGGUCAUAUCUAUAUGUUCAACUACAUGCCUAAAGCCCACCUUGAAGCAAUGCCGUUUGAGUACAUCCCAGGCAAAACAAAGGAAGCCAGAGCGAUGAUUCAUAUGAUUUUAAAUAACCUAGAUCCAAAAGUUGCUUAGUUUCCUUAAGAACUUAUCACAUAUGGAAGCAAUGGAGCAGUAUUUUCUAACUGGGGAUAGUUCUAGAUCACUCUUAAGUAUUUGCAGUAAAUGAGCGAGAAUCAGUGUCUUCAUAUGAACAGUGGUCACCCUACAGGGCUUUGGCCUAAGCUUUCAAAGUCUUCUCCAAGUGCAGUAAUCUCGAAUGGAAUGAUGAUACCCAUCUUUUCUGAUAUAGAAAAUUUCAAUAAUUUAUAUGCACUAGGAGUUACUAUGUAUGGAUAGAUGACUGCAGGAUCCUGGAUGUACAUAGGUCCACAAGGUAUUAUUCACGGAACUGCAAUUACUGUAGCAUAAGCAUCUAAAUUGUAAAAUCCAAGCAAUCCAAGUUUAAAAGGCAAAGUAUUUUUGACAUCAGGACUAGGAGGCAUGUCAGGUGCCUAGCCUAAGGCCACUACUAUUGGAGGAGGUAUCUGUGUAGUUGGUGAAAUUAACGCUAAAGCACUAAAUAAAAGACAUGAAUAAGGAUAUCUAGAUGAGAAAUUCACUGACUUGGACUAACUCAUUGCUAGAGUUAGAGUAGCCAAGCAAAACAAAGAAGCUAUUUCCAUUGGAUAUGCAGGUAAUGUGGUUGAUUUAUGGGAAAAGUUUGCAGACUCAGACGUCGAUGUGGAGCUUGGGUCUGACCAAAGUUCUUUGCACAAUCCUUUCAACGGGGGUUAUUACCCUUAGGGAAUGUCAGUUGAUGAGGCAAAUUAGUUAAUGAUCUCAAAUCCAAAAGUAUUCAAAGAAAAGGUUUAGGAAUCUCUAAGAAGACAAAUAAGCGCGAUUAAUAAAUUGGUGAAAAAGUCAAAUAUGUACUUCUUUGACUACGGUAAUGCAUUCCUUUAUGAAGCAGGUAAAGCUAAUGCUGAUGUUUACUUGGCAGAUGGCACCCCAAGAUACAAAUCCUACAUAGAAGACAUACUCGGGCCAGAAUAUUUUGACUGUGGAUUCGGCCCAUAUAGAUGGGUUUGCACUUCAGGUGAUUAAGAGGAACUUUUUUAUACUGAUUAAAUUGCUCAUAAAGUGCUAGAAGAGCAACUAGCAGUAUCUGAGCCUGAGAUUCAUUAAUAAAUCAUUAGUAAUAUGCUCUGGAUAAAAGAUGCCAAGAAGAAUAAAAUGACUGUUGGCUCUUAGGCUAGAAUUCUAUACUCAGACACUGAUGGAAGAAUAGAAUGCGCAGUAAGAAUGAAUAGAGCAAUAAAGGAAGGAAAGAUUAGAGCACCAAUAGUUAUCGGAAGAGAUCAUCAUGAUGUCUCUGGCACAGAUGCACCCCUUAGAGAAACCUCUAACAUAUAUGAUGGAUCUUCAUUGACUGCUGAUAUGGCAAUUUAAAAUGUUAUUGGUGACGCGAUGAGAGGUGCUACUUGGGUUUCAAUCCAUAAUGGAGGUGGUACUGGCUGGGGCAAAGCAACUAAUGGAGGUUUCGGAAUGGUCUUAGAUGGAUCUGAAGAAGCAGAAUAAAGAGCCAGAUAGAUGCUAUUUUGGGAUGUAUCUAAUGGCUUAACAAGAAGGGCAAGAGCAGGAAAUGCAAAUGCUAUGAGGACCAUUACAAAGCUCUAGAAGAAAUACAGAAUUAAUGAAAACGAUGGGUAUUUCCCAUUCAUCCCCUAACUUUGA